AGUCGCAAUUUUCCGUUCGUGGCGAACAGUCGCGUUUUCCAGCAGCGGUAGCAGCGUUUAACAAAAACUGCCGGCACUCGUAACGAAUCUCUUGGCCGUUAGAAGUAGUUGGCCAAAAAAGCGAAACUAUCUAUCUCAGACUCAAAACACCGAACGACAACAACAAGUGCGAUUGUUUCAAUUUGUCAGCAAGUGCAACUUCUUGGCAGGUGAAAAUAGUCGGUCGUGCCGGUUAGAUAGACUAACACCUUCUUCGAUUACCCCUAAUACCGAUUCCCUAUAUUCCUCUAUUCCUAUUCCGAAUCCGAUUCCGAAAUCGACUCCGUGUGUUUGUUAAACAGCCGGCCAAAAGCCCGCUAAUUGGCUUGAUUUUGGGCCCAAAACUAAAUAUCAAGUUUCAAUAUUUACCGUGUGUUCGCGAAAUCGGACAGUCUGUCACUUGCGGAAACCGAAAGAAAUCUAUAUACAAAGUUGAUAUAUAUAUAUAUAUAUAUAUUUGGCAACGGGCCAGCUUGGUGAAGUGAGCGCUUGGAAAGCAGGGAGUUCUGCCUAUUUGCAUUUCAAAUUGUUUGCGAACAUCUAAGAAAAGAUUCGCUAAUUUGGAUUUGAAGAGCUGCUGAAGACGCUUCUCCAAAAGCCCGUCAUCCGGUUGAGCGAUGUAAGAGAAGUGGCAGCAGAAAUAGCAGAGCAGCCAGCAACCAGAGAUUCAUCUUAGCCAAGAAAAAACAGGAUCAACCACCCCCGCAUCAACAAAAGCAUCAAGGAGCAGGCAUCACGAUGAGUGGCAGCCAUAAAAUGUGGUGCUGCCAAGUAUUUAUCUUAGCUUUAUUUGCUCACACAAUACCGGCGCAGUUGCAGUCGAGCUCAGCUCAUGCCGGAGUAAGUUUCGAUGCCACAGGCACUGCUGUUAGGCCAAGGCGUUUCGUAUACGCCCUGUGCCCGCCGCAAUUCCAUCGCGUUGGCACCGAUUGCUAUUCGCUGGUAGAUCAGCGAAGCAGCUGGCUAGAGGCGCACUUCUUCUGCAAGGACAAGAAUGCCAAUCUCACGGAACCGGGCAAACAUGCAGACCGCAAGCUGAGACAGUUCCUACAGAAACAGGAUUUGAUUUCAGGAGAGAAAAGCCCCAUCUGGCUGGGUGCCACCUAUGACCAUCACAACCACCGUUGGCAGUGGAGCGUGAGCGGCCGUAAUCUAUCCAGCGACUCCUUCAGUCGCACUGAUCCCGCCUAUGUGCAACUUAUCUCCAACAGCCAACCGCUGGAUAAUAACUGUGCCAUCUACGAUCCGAAUCUCAAGUACCGCUGGUCGGCGCGUCCCUGCUCGGAUAAGUUGCGCUUCAUCUGCCAGCACAAGAUGCCAAAGGUGAGCGGACCCAAUCGCUAUAAGAUCUACAAUCGCUGGAACGCCACCUAUCCGAACGAGCGGGCCAACGAGGUGGCGCUGGAGAUCCUCGAACCGCGGGAAAAUGAUCGCAGAUUCCACCGCCGUGUCAAGGCAGAGGACAGUGACGAGGAGAUGAUCAUUCCCAACCGACGCCGCAACAAUAACAAUCGCCGAAACAACCAGAGGAAUCGCCAGACCCCAAACCAGAAUCAGCAUCCCAACGAUGUGAACUACCAUCCUCCAGCGCAGCAACGUCAGAGGGCUCAUCCUCGUUCUACUACUGUGGCACCAACAUCUACGCAAUCGGUUAACCUAUCCAAUGAUGUCCUGGCUCCAUCUCCCACGCCCCAGCAGAUGACCCAGUAUGAUCGCAAACUGCAACGCCAGAGGGAAAGGGAGCGUCGCCGCCAGUUGCGCCGGCAGGAACGACAGAAAUUGGCUAGGGAACAAAAACGCGAGAAGCAACGUCGCCAAAAGGAGGAACGCCAACGAUUGCAGCGGGAGGAAGAGCAGCGCAAACAGCGCUUGCAGCAUGAUGACCCCAAACGCCCAAUCGAUGAGCUGCGUCAGCGCUCUGAAGAGGAUCUGGACAAGAAGCAAAAGGAUGAGCAGGAAAAGAAGCUAAGAGAGGAGACGGAAAAGAAGAAACAGGAAAAGAAGCAAAGGGAAGAGGAGGAAAAGAACCAAAGGGAACAGGAGAGGAUUAGGCAAGAAGAACAGGAACAGCAGGCCAGAAACCAUCAGCAGCAGCUCCAAGAGAACCAGGAGCAGCAACUUCGUGAACUGAAGGCCAAGCAGCAGCGCGAGGAGCAGGAACGGGAGUACCAGAAGCAAAAGCGCGAACGCGAACUGGUGCUACUGAAGCAGCGUCAGUUGGAAGCCGACCGGCAGCAUGCCGCCGAUGAGGAGGCGGAGAAACAGCGCCUGGAGCGUAUCCAGAAACAACGUGAAUUGGAGGCCAAACAACGACUUGAACGCGAAGAGCAGCGCCGCAAAGAACGUGAGGAGCAGGAGGAACUGGAUCGCCAGAACCAUGCCAAACGUGUGGCCGAAGAGAAGCGACUCCAAGAACUGUAUGCCGAGCGCCUGAGGCAGGCCAAUACGGAGCGGGAGAAGCAGCUGGCUGAGGCCCAUGAAGCCAAGCGACGUGAGGAACAGAAGCUUCAGGAACAACUUAAGAAACAAGAAGAGGAGCGCCAGGAACAGAUCCGACGCGAACAGGAGGAGGAGGAGAAGCGCCUGGAACUUCAGAGAUUAGAGGAAACGCGUCUCUUCGAGCAGAAGGAACUGCAGCGCCUGCACGAGGAAAACCAGCGACGUGAGGAGCAGAAGCUUCAGCGUGAACGGGAAAUAGCAUUCCGUGAGGCCGCCGAGAAGAAACUGGCCGAAGAAGAGGAAACCCUGCGCAAGGAAGUUCGUGAGGAGGAGCGUCUAGCGAAACAGCGCCUGGAGGAGGACAUGCGCCAGGCGGAGGAGGAGCGUAAGGCCAAGGAGGCUGAGGAACGGGCUGCCGAAGAGGCCAAGGAGGCCGAGCAGAAGCGACGCUUGGAAACGGCCAAGAAGCUGGCCGACGAAGAGGUCAAGGCCAAGUUGGAGGAGAAGAGGCGCGAGUAUGCCAGUCGAAUCUCAGCGCUAAGUCCCGAGGACCAGAGGAAGUUCAUCGAGAUGCGCAAGCGUCGCAAGCAGCUGAAGGAGAAGAAGGAACGCGAUCAGAAGGCGAAGGAACUCAAGAGGAUACAGCAUGCCAUGCGGCUGGAUGAUAACGAGUAGGAGUCUUUAAGAAGUCCACUUGACGUCAGGAUUCCUUCAAAUCAAGCCCCAAAAACUAACCAAUACUAACCGAGACAUAUCGAUCAAAUUGGUUCCACAUACGCACCGUUUGCCCAGUCGAUCCCUUUUCGAUAGUUUUCUUUGUGCUUUUAUUAAAACAAAACACAAGUUGAACACGCAAAAGUAUUAUUUACCAGAAGAGAGAAGAUUAAGGAGGAACAUCACGACGAAGCACACAUUUUGUCGGUUAAAAGGGGAAUCAAAUUUCAAUUGCAUUUCGAUCGAGCAGGAAACACCCAAUCUCCAUGCACUUCGCUAGCUCUAUUAGUACUGUACAGUAAAUAUAUAUAUACUAUAUAUAGGUCUAGGAUAUAGACACCACACUCACCGCACACAGGACACAAGACACACCAAACAAACACAUACACACAACACGGCAAACCAGUCACGCAUGUUUCCUUAAUAACCGAACUAGAAGUUAGCAAUCAAUUUUAAAGCCAAUAAACCCCACACAUGCAAAUCACGGAACUUUUUAAAACUCAAGCACAGAACCACAAAAAUAUUAUAUAUAUAUAUAUAUAUAGUGAAGAAAAUGUAAGAUUGAAUGGAAAACUCCUUUGGGUCAAUGGCCCCAGCAGUCCAAGUCCAAUGCCUCCCCCACUUCCCACUCGGUUUGCCUAUGGUGUCCUCGGAUCGGGCACAGCGAAGCAAUAAUUUACUAAUAAUCUUUUGAUAACAUCAUCGGAUGGUCACCGGGCCAUUUCCUAACUUCUUAGGUUACAAACUAUACUUUACAAAGAUGUAUGUAAUAACUAAAGUAUGUUUAAAUGUAAAUUUUUAUGUAUUUUUUAAUACCUCAAACGCGAAAAGCAAGCAAAAAAAAAAAAGAAAUGAAAAGAAAAGAAAAGGAAAAAAUGUAAAACCCCGGAAGGCAACUUUCAGUACAUUUUGUUUCGUUUAAAAUGGAAAUUGAAAGCUGGCGAGGACGGGUAUGAAAUGAAAUCGAAAGGAAAAGCAAUUUUAUAGCCAAGUAAAUGCAUUUUAAUAGUAAACUAACCAAUUUUAAAUAUUAUUACUCUACACACGGAGAAAUGAAAAGCGAAUUAAACUAAAAGAAAAAAUAGUCAGCGAAACGUAAGCAAAGAAAUCAUGAAUGAGGAAAACAGAAAACAGAACACAAAUGAAAUACGAAAACAUAUGAUAAAAUUACCAUAUAAUAUUUAUGCAAGAUAAAUUCUAGUUAAGGAGCAAACAAAGUAAAUUAAUGAAUAAAGUUUGAAAAAACACAAAACAAAGAAA